AUAGACAGUUAGACACUAGACAAGGGGGAAGAGAAAAACUGAUUUUACGCUUGCUUACAGUAAAACCCUAAUUCUCUCCGUCCCGAUCGCAAUCUGCGCGUUCUCUACUGCUUCUUUUGCAAUGGCGGAUUCUCCUAAAGAAAGGGAUUCACGAUCUCCGUCACCCUUACCCCGGAAAGAACAACGCAGGCCCCAGUCCAUAUCUAGGUCCAGGUCCAGGUCCAUGCCGAGGGAAAGGUCUAGGUCGAGAUCUUUGCCAAGGCCCAUAUCUCCAUUAAGAAGCCGUGGAAGGUCAAGGUCAAGAAGCCGUGGAAGGUCUGAAAUUGAAAACCCUGGUACCACUCUCUAUGUGACUGGCCUAUCUACAAGGGUCACUGACAAGGAUCUUGAAACACAUUUUUCCAAGGAAGGAAAGGUUGCGUCGUGCUUUCUUGUGAUGGAGCCUCGCACCCGUGUGUCUCGAGGUUUUGCCUUUGUUACAAUGGAUAGCCUUAAAGAUGCUGAGCGGUGCAUUAAGUAUCUCAACCAGUCUGUUCUAGAAGGCCGAUACAUAACUGUCGAAAGGUCCCGAAGAAAGCGCCCGAGAACUCCCACUCCUGGCCACUAUCUUGGCUUGAAAAGCUCCAGAGAAAAUGACCGAGAAGGCCGUAGCACUCGAGGGAGGCACUAUGAUCGUGAGGAUUAUGGACACCGUAGGUCACCAAGACGGGACUAUUCACCUCGUGAUGCAAGAAGGUCACCAAGGCGCGACUAUUCACCUCGUGAUGGAAGAAAGUCACCAAGACGUGACCAUUCACCUCGUGAUGGUGGAAGAAGUUCGAGAAGAGAUCGGUCUUACUCUCCUUAUGGAAGAAGUCCAGAAAGAAAGUCAGAGAGAAGGUAUCAACCCCGUGGCUCGAGAUGACCUGUUUAGCUCUGUUGACAAAGGAAUUCAAGAACUUGUAUGUUGAUUUAGGUUGUGUGAUUGAUCAUCUUAAAAUACCCCAGAGAUUCUGUCGGUUGACGCUUCUGGUUUCUAUGUCUCUUUCUCUUGUUUGCUUUUUGAAUGUAUGUUGCAAAACGUAGUGAAGUAAAAUCAACAAAACUCAAUGUUUUUGAGUGAAUCAGAAUAUCCUUUAAUGAUCAGAAUCUUGAGAUUGUACGCAGAUAUUUGUUUGAAACUAAUCGGU